CACAACACCCAAUCCUAGUGUAGCAGUAUUACAAGGGACGUCAUAAUUCCCGAGUUCCUCCAUGCGGAGUACCUUCGUUUGCGCGCCAUUAUUUCCUGCUAUGGUUCUGAGUUUCACCUGAAACCCGUCCCUGAUAGGCUCCCACUCGAUUACGCCUCCGGUGUUGUUCCCGGCACAGUCUGUAGUACUCUCUUCCCAGUUAUUCAUAGGAGCUAGGACUAGGAGGAACGAGGAAGGGCACGUCGGAGGCAGUCAGAUAUCGGCCGAAGAAACUCUUGAGGCGCACCAGCUGUUUGUUCCCUUGGACUAUCUCCACUAUCCACCUUGCUCUGCGAGUGGAUCCCUUACGGCUUUGUCGAACUAUUUCUUCAUCGUCGUCGGCGAAUAGAUACGUCCCGAGGUCAAGGGUUCAAGAAACGAAACAGAUAUAAACAAGGAGAAGAGGAUAAAAGACUAAAAAAGGCGGAAUCGUCGUUUCUUACCUUCCAGAUGAAGCUGAAGGAAGAUGACGUGUUUGGUUGAUCUUUACUUUCUCUUUUGAUUGUUUCUUAAUGGAAAGAGGUCUGAUUAAGAGGGGUUUUGGCGUUUUAGUUUUGUUUCUAACUGGAGAAUAAGAAAAGAAAGUGGAAAACGGAAUCUCCUCCUCCGAAAAAGAAAAAAAAAAAAGAAAAGAAAAAGGACCAAGAACUCAACUUUUCAAAGUUGGUCAGAACUUUCGUUUCUCGUCGAUCUGGUGGCUUUCAGUUUUUAUGUACAACAGGAGAUCUGAAGUUGUUCAAAUAGAAUUUUCAUCAUAAUUGAAGGGAAUUUCCGGCGACCAUUCCCGUAAAGUGAGUGUGGAAGCUGCCCUUGAAGGUGAAAACUCCGGCAAUUCCAUUCAUCAAAAAAAAACUGUGGAAAUUCCGGCGACCAACCUGUAAGGUGAAGACUCAGCUGUGAGUUUGCAAGUGCGAUAUCCAACCAAGGAAUAAGGAAGAUAGUCAACAUUCCGAGAUCCAAAGUUUAAAAUACACCAGACCAGGUUUCGUGAAGUGUUGUAUUAUCCUGUUAGUUUGGCAUCCCAACUGUUCGACAAAAAUCCACAGCCAAUAUACUGGUGUCUGGGUCAAGAAAAUCGAAGCCAGGGCUACCUUCUUAUGAACCAAAAAGGAGCCUGAUCGGGAAAGAAAGAAAUGCUUAGAUUGUUAUUGGGAAGAGCAGGAAGCUCAAGUGUCAUUAGCCUACGUCGAGAUGGAUUUGCGUAUGAGCAGAGGUUUAGUCUGGUUAAUAUAAAGCUGAAAUGGGUGAAGGACAGAGCCUUGGAUGCCAUUGUGGCUGGGGAAGGUGAACUCAGAGCUGCUUGCCUUCUUGUCUCUAUCCUCGCCUGUGAUCCUCGCCAUUGUCUUCCCAUAUACCAUCUCUUGAAACAUCGCAAGCAGCUUGGUCUAUCCCCAGAUCUCAGGCUCUCUACUUUCAUUAGAAGAUACCCGACCCUUUUCUCUGAAUUUCCUGUUAUUGCUGGAGGCAGUACUGUCCCGUGGUUCUGCUUGACAGACGGGGCACUCAAACUGCACCAAGAAGAGAUUGAAAUCUUCCAGGCGAAUGAGACUGACCUUGUUGAGAGGCUCCAGAAACUGCUCAUGCUCACUAGAGAUAGGAUCCUGCCUUUGCAAACCAUUGACCAACUGAAAUGGGAUAUGGGUUUGCCAAAUGACUAUUCCUUCUCCUUGGUUCCCCAUUAUCCACAGCUCUUUUCAUUCAUCCACCUCCCUGAUGAUCGGAUUGGAUUGAAACUCUUAUGCUGGGAUGAGCGUCUAGCUGUCUCGCAAUUGCAGAAAAGUUCUCUUGCAGCUGCAGUUGAACACUACCACCACCAAUGGCAGCAACAAGGUGUUCAAACUUUGGGUUUCCCAAUUCGGUUCACUAGGGGUUUUGGAUUGAAGAAGAAGUGCAUGCAAUGGCUAGAGGAGUGGCAACAGCUCCCAUAUACUUCUCCUUAUGUGGAUGCAUCCCAUCUUGAUCCCCGUACAGAUGUUUCUGAGAAAAGAAUUGUAGGAGUCUUUCAUGAGCUUCUCCACCUCACCCUACAAAAGAAGACUGAGCGUAAGAAUGUGAGCAAUCUCCGUAAACCCUUGGGCCUGCCCCAGAAGUUCACAAAGGUGUUUGGUCGCCAUCCAGGCAUUUUCUACAUUUCUCAUAAGUGUGCAACACAGACCGUCAUUCUUAGGGAGGCCUAUGACUGUGAGAAACUGCUCCAGAAGCAUCCUUUAGUGGGGAUCAGGGAAAGAUAUGCAGCCAUGAUGAAGGAGGGACUUCUCAAUAGGAGUAGGGGCUUGUAUAAGAGUUCCCCAUGUAAAAGCCAAGAGGAGGACAAAGAUCACAGUCUGCAAGAAUUGGAAUUUAGUACCCCUUACAAUAUUCUUUCAGAAGAUAAUUUAGAUGAAAAUUUACGUGCUCCUUGUUGAAAAAUACUGAUGAUACUGUUCCUGGGGCUAUUAACUGCAGUUGCCACUACUAGAAAUUUUUCUGAAUAGAACUCAAGACAGCAAGAGGAACUGCUCUGUUCUGCACUUUUGCUAUGACCUUGUCCACAGGAAAAGAAGGAAAACAAAAAUCUUCUAGGAACCUAUGGGUUGAGAUGAGGACAAAAUUACAAAUAAUUCAUCAUCGUCAUCAUCAUCCAUGCAUUCUCCCAACUACAUGGGGUUGGCUACAUGA